AUGGAGUUCACGUCGUCCUACUUCCACGCCUUCGGCAACCCCGACUUCGCGGCGGUGUUCUCGGGCGGCAGCGGCGGCGGUGGCGGCAGCGCGCAGGCCCACCGGCCGCGGCGCUCCACCGACGGCGGCAGCGCCAAGGCGGAGGACAGCAGGAGCCCCACUUCGGCCACGGCGAGGGGCGCGCCGUCCAUGUUCUGCGUCCCCGACACGGAGGCGGAGGAGCCCAACAGCUUCCUGGACGAGUGCACCCUCUGCCGCAAGGCGCUCUGCGGCGACAUCUUCAUGUACAGAGGGGACACGCCGUUCUGCAGCGACGAUUGCAGGAGGGAGCAGAUCGAGAUGGACCGCAUCAGGCACCGGAGGAAGAAGCAGCAGGCCCUCAUAGCGGCGCAGCAGCAGCAGCAGCAAGCGGCGGCGGCGGCGGCAGCGAUGGCGCAGAGGGACCAGCGUACCCAGCGGCAGCUUCAGCCACAGCACUAG